GCGCUCCGUCGGGGCUGGCGAGUGCCGCCACCUCCCCGACACCGCGCCAGCAGCUCCGCGCCGGCACCGCGUCCCUCGGGCGCGGGGAGCAGGUGGCCGCGCCAUGGCUGCCGCGUACCUGCUGGGCAACGGGUCCGCGCCGCUCCUCGCCGGCGCCCUGGAGGUCCCGUUCGCCGCCAAUGCCUCUGCCUGCCGCCCUCCCGGGCCGCCCUGCACAGCCGCGCCGCCGGGCGCCUGGGGAAACACCUCGGCGGCGGCGGCGGCGGCGGCGUUGGGCUGGAACCGCUCCGAGCCCUGCGGUGGCGGCAAUGGCAGCGCGGGCGGCGGCGGGCCCUGCGCGCCCGCGGGCGGCGGCCCCUCCGUGUUCACGGCCAUCGCCAUCAUGGCCCUCUACUCCGUGGUCUGCGUCGUGGGGCUCUUCGGCAACUUCUUGGUCAUGUAUGUCAUCGUCAGGUACACGAAAAUGAAGACUGCCACCAACAUCUAUAUUUUCAAUCUUGCCUUGGCAGAUGCCCUAGCAACAAGUACUCUGCCGUUCCAGAGUGUGAAUUACUUGAUGGGAACAUGGCCAUUUGGUACCAUCCUCUGUAAGAUUGUUAUAUCCAUAGACUACUACAAUAUGUUCACCAGUAUCUUUACACUCUGCACCAUGAGUGUAGAUCGCUACGUAGCUGUUUGCCACCCAGUUAAGGCUCUUGAUUUCCGUACCCCCAGAAAUGCCAAAAUUGUCAAUGUCUGCAACUGGAUUCUCUCCUCUGCCAUUGGCCUGCCAGUUAUGUUCAUGGCAACUACUAAAUACAGGCAUGGCUCGAUUGACUGCACGCUUGCAUUCUCCCACCCUGCAUGGUACUGGGAGAACCUCCUGAAAAUCUGUGUGUUCAUCUUUGCCUUCAUCAUGCCAGUCCUGAUAAUUACUGUGUGUUAUGGGCUGAUGAUUUUACGCCUGAAGAGCGUUCGCAUGUUAUCCGGCUCCAAAGAGAAGGAUAGGAACCUGCGGAGAAUCACAAGGAUGGUUCUUGUAGUGGUGGCAGUGUUUAUUGUCUGCUGGACUCCCAUCCACAUUUAUGUCAUCAUUAAAGCCCUGGUCAACAUCCCAGAAACUACUUUCCAGACUGUCUCCUGGCACUUCUGUAUUGCUCUAGGGUAUACAAAUAGCUGCCUUAAUCCAGUCCUUUAUGCAUUUCUAGAUGAGAAUUUCAAAAGGUGUUUCAGAGAGUUCUGCGUCCCCACUUCCUCAACCAUUGAGCAGCAAAACUCCACCCGAAUCCGACAAAACACCCGUGACCAUGCUUCCACUGCCAACACUGUGGAUAGGACUAACCAUCAGUUGGAACUUCAAGAAGCUGAAACUACUCCACUGCCGUGACAGGGUCUCCUGCUGCAUGGCUCUCAAAGCAGUUGUACACCAGUGCCACAGUGUGUCUGGGCAGUAUGCUAUGGGAACGUGUAGGAUAUACUUUCCCUCAAAA